GCGGGAUGCAGGCGUGCCAUGGAGCCUGCCCAGAGCUUUGCAUGCAUGCGUGCAAAAUGCAAACAGUGCAACAAAGAAAUGCAAGGCCUGGUUGCCCAAAUGAAACAACAUCAUGAGAAGUGUUCCUUCUCAGGAGGAAGCGGUGUUGAAGAUGAUGAAAGGAACAUAUCUGAACAUGCAGGAUCUUCAGGAGAAUCCAUCCUCAACAUACAGGACUCUGAAGACUAUCCACCUUCAAGAUAACUCUGAAACAAAAGAAAAUGAUGGUUAUCUGCCAAUGAUAGUGUUUCAGUCACAUCAUGUAUAUCACAUAGCCACAGUAGCAAAAAGAAAAAAAAUUGCCAUCAUCCAGAAACAACCAUAGAUAAGUUUGUAAUAAGAACCAGCAGAUUACAAAAAGAGGUAACUGAUGAAAAAAUUGCCCCGUUUGUUUAUGCAACACACUCUCCUUUCCGCAUGAUCAAGAACCCAUACUUCAUUAACAUGGUUCAGUCAUUAAGACCAGGAUACAGUCCACCCAACAGAGCAGACAUCGCAGACAAAUUGCUGGAUAAAGUGUAUGAAAGAGAAAUUGAGCAGUGUGCAAAAGGUCUAGAGGGUGAAAUUGUUACCCCGAGACUUGAUGGGUGGAGCAAUGUCCACGAUGAUCCUGUUGUAUGUGCUUGUGUGACUACAGAAACAAUUGAUACACAAGGAAAUGCACAUACAGCAGAAUACUUACAAGAAGUAACAGUAAAAGCUAUAACAAACUGAAAAAAAAUUCUACCUAGUACACAGCUUGGUCACAGAUAAUGCUGCAAAUGUAUCUGUGACAGUCCACGCCCCUCCGGUGCAGGGCAGCAGGGCCUAGCAGCCAGAGUCUACAGAGCCACCCUCCGGUGCAGGCCAGUGGGGCCUACUGGCCAGAAUCUAUAAAGUUGGGGCACCUACUAAGGGGUGUGGUGACCCCAAUGGAGGGGACCCACGCCCAUCCAACUCCACUGGGCCCCAACCCAGGGCCCUAACAGCAGCAUCACAGCUUGCCACUGACUCAGCAGGGGGGUUCUACCACAACACGCUGAGGUUUCCCAGAUGGGAGGUACCACUUCACCACCCUCCCAUGGUCACUUCCUACCAGAGUCUGCGUUGGGGUCUCCCAUGAGAUGUCGGGUUCUCUGUGGUCGGCAGGGCCAGUCUCCUGAAUGGCUCCUCCAGUCGCCAGGCUGCAGCCGGGCCCAGGGCAGCUCUGAUUCCCAGCACAGUCAGGGGCUGUGGCUGGCCCGCUGCAGAUACUUCCCAGACAAGUCCUUCCCCUGCAGCCUCCAGCCCAGAAUGAGCUGGGUUCUCUCCCUUUAUACUGCUUGAGCAUUUGGAGCUUGCCCAGUCUCGCCAGGGAGGCGGGACUUCCACUGUCAAUAAUAUGGGCUUAACCCUGUUUCUGCUAGUGCAGGUAAGCAGACUCCAUCACAGUAUCCAAGAUGAGAAGAAAUUUAGAAGAGAGUCCCAAGCUAAUAACAUACAGUGCUCAUUUGAUGCACCUCCUACCAAAGACUUCAGUGUUCCAGAAAUAAAGGCUAAUGUUGUUAAAAUUGCAAAAUACUUCUGUAACAACCACUUUGCAGCAGCUGCUCUGAAAAAAGUGGGAGGAACCAAGCUAACUCUCCCACAAGACACGCCAUGGAAUUCAGUAGUGGACUGUUUUGAGCACUAUAUCAAGAACUGGCCUAAUCUGAUGACAGUUUGUGAACAAAAUCGUGAAAAAAUAGAUGGCACUGUCACAGCCAAAGUUCUCAACAUUGGGCUUAAGAGAAAUGUUGAACACGUGCUGAGUACUCUGAAGCCUAUUUCUGUAGCCUUGAAAAAAAUGCAGGGAAACAGCUGUUUUAUUGCUGAAACUGAUGAAAUUUGGAAGGAGCUGAGUGAGAUCUUAAAAAGAGAAAUAUGCAAUGACAGAGUUAAAUUACAAGCAUUAAAAAAACGAAUGGGACAAGCACUAUCUCCAGCUCAUUUUCUUGCUAAUAUUCUCAAUACUCGGUACCAGAGUCAAACCUUAGCUGCUGAAGAAGAGAAGUUGGCUAUGACAUGGAGAUCCAGCAAUCAUCCCUCCAUAAUGCCAACUAUAAUAAACUUCAGAGCUAAGGGUGAACCAUUCAAGAAAUAUAUGUUUGCUGAUGAUGUUUUAAAGAAAGUCACACCAGUGAACUGGUGUAAGUUACUAAAACACUUGGAUUCAGAGACUGUUGAAGUGAUAAUCUCACUUUUAACAGUAAUAGCUUCUUCUGCUGGUGUAGAAAGAAUAUUUUCUUCCUUUGGACUAAUUCAUUCCUAAUUGAGAAAUCGUUUGGGACCUGAAAAACCAGGAAAGCUUGUUUUUCUUUUCCAGAUUAUGAACAAACAGGAAAAUGAAGGUGAAGAUGACUGAGUUAGCUGCAGAAGCCAAUAUUUUAAGUUUCUCAUAUUGACCUGGCUGACAUAGUCGAUUUAAUUUUUUUUUAAUAUUUCAUUUAACUAUUUUAGUUAAAAACAAUUUUAACAAACACAAACCUGAUUUUAAAAAACUUGAAUGUUUAACUAAAUUCAAAAAUUCAUGUGCUUGUUUUGUUAAAGUAUUACAUGUUUGCUGUUGAAGAAAAAAAAUCCAGAAUACAUAAAGUUGUUGUUUUAGUUAAAUAAAACAAUUUAAAUGUCUGUCUGGUGAUGUUCUCCUCCUAAUACAGCAUGGCAAGAAAAUCCUCCAAACAUUAAUGAUUAACCUGUU